AUGUUAAAUUACUACUGUUUAUUUUGUAAUAUAAUUGAAACUAGUUAGAAAAUUAUAAGAUUUUCAUUCGAGUUUAACUAAAUAUCAGAUAUUUAUUUAGCUUUAUUAAUUUGUUAGUGCUUAAAUUUCACUCUUUAUAAAAAUAAAUUUUUUUGCACUCUUAGAUUUUAUGAAUAAAUUAAUAUAGUUAAUAAAUUGAUUCAAGUUUUACUAAUCAGAUAAUUAUUAAUUAAAUCUUUAUUGUCUUUUUAAUAACAUAUAGAUAGCAUCAAGAAGUAUAAUAUAGGAGAUAACAGAAUGGAAAUUUCUUAAUAAAGCAUAGCCAAAUUAAUAAAGAAUAUCUAGAAAGACAAGAAUAAAUUAGUUUUUAGAUAGAAAUAUCACCCUAAAUAUAUCAAUCAUUUGAGAAAAACAAAUUUACAAAACUCACCUAAAAAAAUAAAAAGUAAAAGAAGAGUAAAGAGGCUUAUCAUAGAAGGCCACAGAGGUGUUGGGAUGUUUGAGGCUCAUAAUAGCAUAAGUUCUUUCAAUAAAUCAAUAAGUCUUCAUUAAGAUUAUGUUGAGUUAGAUACUUGGUUAACAACAGAUGGAAUAGUUGUAGUUGUUCAUGGUGUAGAUGGCAAAAUUAAAGAUAGAGAUGGAAACCUCAAAUUGAUUGAAUCAUUUUCAAGCGAAGAAAUUACUAACAUAGUAAUCAAUGAGAAGAACGAUAAGAUUCCUACUUUAGAAGAUAUAUUUUAAUUAUGCAAAGAUAAGAUUAAAAUCAAUAUAGAGCUAAAAGGUACUAAUUUAAAUUUACCAGAAGCCGUAGUAGCUCUUAUAAAAAAGCACAGUAUGGAAGAUUAAGUUUAUUUAUCAGCUUUUUACCAUCCCUUUUACCAGCUAUCUUUGGAUGCUUAGAAAAAACAUGGGAUAAAUACCUUUAUAAAAUUUGGUUUCUUGUUUUGCAAAGAGGAUUAAUUUCCUGAUCUUUCAAAAAUUCCAGAAGGAAAUUAGUUAAAUUUUUCAUCAGUAUUAGCAUACAACGAAGAAGCUGUAAAAUUUUUGGUAUAAGGAAGAGACAAAGGUUUGACUCUUUGUGCAUAUUUUGGUUUUGAUAUCUUAGAAACUCACUAACUAUAUAAAAGACUCAUUUAGAUAGGUUGCACUUCUCUUAUUACUAACCAACCACAUACACUCAAAAAUUUUAGAUUAAAAUACUUAAAAUAUUGA